UCCGUUCAUAGUCUUCCACCACCGCUCACCCCGCGAUCCUCGGACGACCUCUUUCCAUUUACAUUCACAUUCACAUUCACAUCAGAACACACCCGCACAUUCCAGAUAGAAAUCCUCCCAGCAGUCCGAGACUCUCGCCUGGAAGAUUACCGGCGUACAUCACCAAGAUGGGUCAGACCCUGAGCGAACCGAUCACGGAGAAAAAGUCGGAGCACGGCGAGGAUGAACGCGCGGCGUACGGAGUCAGCUGUAUGCAAGGAUGGAGAAUCAGUAUGGAGGACGCACAUGCUGCAGUUCUAGACCUACAACCUCAGAGCAGUGACGGAGAGCCUACCCCCGCGACCUCGGAUACCAGGAUAUCAUAUUUUGGAGUAUACGAUGGGCAUGGUGGCGACAAAGUGGCCAUCUACACCGGAGAGAAUCUACACAAGAUCAUUGCAAAACAGGAAUCAUUCAAGAAGGGAGAUUUUGAGCAGGCGCUCAAAGAUGGUUUCUUGGCGAUCGAUCGGGCCAUCUUGAGCGAUCCGAAGUACGAAGAUGAAGUCUCCGGCUGCACAUCGACUGUUGGCAUCAUGACAAAGGACAAGAUUUUUUGCGGCAAUGCUGGAGACUCAAGAACCGUUCUGGGUAUCAAGGGUCGCGCGAAGCCGCUGUCCUUUGACCACAAGCCACAAAACGAGGGUGAGAAGGCAAGAAUCUGCGCGGCCGGAGGUUUUGUCGACUUUGGCAGAGUCAAUGGCAAUCUCGCACUGAGCCGAGCCAUUGGCGAUUUCGAAUUCAAGAAGAGCGCCGACCUACCCCCGGAGCAACAGAUCGUCACUGCUUUCCCUGAAGUAACGACGCACGAAAUCGGAGAGGAUGACGAAUUCCUGGUCGUUGCUUGCGACGGAAUCUGGGAUUGCCAAUCUUCACAAGCCGUCGUAGAAUUCGUUCGAAGAGGAAUCGCAGCCAAACAAGAAUUACAUUCCAUUUGCGAGAACAUGAUGGAUAACUGCUUGGCGUCCAACUCAGAGACAGGAGGUGUCGGAUGUGACAACAUGACCAUGAUGGUGGUGGCCUUGCUCCAAGGCAAGACGAAGGAGGAGUGGUACAAUUUGAUUGCGGAACGGGUUGCGAAUGGAGAUGGUCCUUGCGCACCUCCAGAGUACGGCAAGUCUUGACCUCUCCCUUCCCCUCCACUCCCUUCUCAUUCAUCACAUCCUCCUUCUCUUGGCCCUUCUCACCCUCCUACCUUUUCCCGACCUUGAUGAUAUGCCAUCAUUUCUUUCGAGAGCACGCAAAACACUUUAGCGCAUCAUGAUAGAAGAAUCGUGUUAUUGUGGCAUGGCAGGCAGUAUAUAUGAUGAAUCCGUUCUCAUAUUUCUUCGCCCGUGAAACGUUUCUUCUGUCGCCGUUCGCUGGAGUA